UUGCCUGUAACGUGAGUGUGCUGAUCGGGACAAUUCCCAUAAACGUGUGCACUGUACAGCUGUUGUACACCGCAAAUAAAACCCGGACGUGAGUCCCACAUCCCAUCCCAUUGGCUUAACUGUUUUAUAUUACCUAUAGAAUACGGAUAAUGAUAUUGAUGUCGGUAUCCACUACGCGAGCGCAUUAAUCAAAAUGCGAGUUCGCCACAGUCACUUCUCAGCGUGAUAAUUUUGGUACAAGCGGACAAACGAAAAAACGUGCCAUGGAUCGUCGGAUAUUUAUCUUUUUGGCGGUUUCUGCCCACCUAUGUAGCAUAGCGGCAGGCGAGGGACCCGCUAACAAUUUCCUCACUCAAACUGUCUACGGGUUCCUGGAUUUUACAACUACGAUCGGGAACACUGUCAUGGUUUUCUCACCACAAUCUGCACCUCCUCCAGAACCACCGCAAACAGAAAAAUCUGUUCAAGAAAAUAUUAUUGAAACUAAACCACCACCUAUUAACAACGUUAAGCCGGAGGCGAUCAAACCAACGAAAACCUCAGAUAAGGAUAAAACUAAUAAAGCACCAGUCGUGGCUUCAAGUGCUAUUUCCGUGGUAACGUCUCCUCCAAAAAAAGACGAUAAAGUUAUCAGUAUUUCUAAAUCGGUUCCUAAAGAACAAAAACAAAUAAUAACAAAAGUUGAAGUGGUUGCGGGGCCCUCUAAAAUUGUUGAAAAUAGCCCAAAACAACCAGCGGUGAAACCUAACAAACCAUCUUCACAAGCUAAGAAGCAGCAAAAAAAUCAAGCUAUUAAAAGUGUAACCAAUAUAGUAAGUAGUAAAGUUGAAGUAAAACAAAAUCCUGCACCAUCUUCAAUAAUUAACACCAAAAUUAGUAGCGCAAUUCAAAUAAAGUCGAGCCAAGUUGAAGAAGAACCCGCAAUUUUAGUUUCUAAUAACAUUGGUGAGCCAGAAUAUGAUUAUCUGUCACGACAACCUUCAGAAUUUGUAGAGGAGACUUAUCGAGUAAUUAAUUUACGACCAUCAAAAGCACAUGCACAGAAGCCAAAGAAUAAUUUAAAAAACCGUCACCAGCCAACUCCACCUCCAGAAGAUGAUGAACAUCCAAUAGGUUUAGUUACUACUCUUGGAGGAACAAUUGUUAAAGAUGGGCUUACAACAGUUCAUGAAACCAGUGUCAUAGGUACAUAUAUAUCAGGAAAAUACGCCCAAGUCUUAAACAGCAACUCAAAAAUAUUGCAAUCUGGCCAUAAAGCAAAAAUAUCACCAAGUUCUCCUCAUAGAAUCUUAAAAACAGCUGCACCUGCCAUAUCAAAGAAUCAUAGGCAUAAUCUUGAACCUACUCCAUCUGUCGGUGAUGGAGAUAACAACAAUAAAACACCGCGGCGACAAGGAAAUAGUGGAAGUUCUUUUAAAAAUCGUCACAAGCCUCAAAAUGGUGAUAAUGUCGAGAGUGCUGAGCCUCCUAGCCAAGGCAAAAAAUUCAAAAACAGAAAUUCUUCACAUGCUCAACGCACUCAGAGUACACGUUUUGGUCGACCAGCAAACAAACCUCAACUGGCAACCAUAUCUGUUUUCAGUGAAUCGUCGUCACCGCCUUUCUCUAAUAGAAGAAAAAGCAACCGAAACUCUGGUCAUAAAACCACAGUGACACCUUCAAGCAACAGUGACAGUCAAGGAAGACGUGGGUUCAAGUCUCGUAUACAGCCUACAGCAGUGGAGCAAGUCACACCAGCACCAACAAGCGUUUAUAAAUUUAAGCUUAAUCGAGCACCAGGGUCUGGACGUUGGCAGUAUAAAACAAGUCCUAAACCUAAAGUUACUAUUCGCAAGUCAAACAGUGACGAUGAGCAACAAACAACGCCAAGUUUAAAUCCGCUGUUUGACGAUUCGCCAUCUAACGAACUCCAAGCAAGAUCUGAUAAUGAUUUAGAGCAAUCUGGUUCUCAGAGUGGACCUGGAACUCUAGUCGAAAACGAUACUGAUGACACCUUAGAAAAACCUCCACCAGUUGAAACACUUAAAGUAGAAAUUUCCACGCCAGCUGAUUUUCGAGAUGUUUAUUACGAAAUCGCAACGCUUAAGUCACCUUACACUUUUCAGGUUGGACGUGUAAAAAACACACGCAUUAUAACAGUGACAACGACUAUUGAAAAACGAAUCGAACCUACCCAGAUGCCUUUUAAUUCACAAAAUCCACUAAAUGAACCACUAACUGAAAACAUAUUGGCUACUGCUUCACCUUAUGGAAAAGAUAACUAUUUUUUGGAUUCCAGUAUAGCAACUUUACCCGCAAUAACACUUUCCUCAGAUGUCGAAACUCCUCCGCUAGAAACUAUUACUGAAACAUUUAGUACGACACAAAAUAUGCUUAAAACACACAUAUUGCCAAUCGUAAGGGAGCCUAACAUAACCAGUAGUCUUACCUUUAUACAGACCUAUCAAAUAACAAGACUCGUAACAGCUACAAAAACACUACCUCCAAUGGAAUUCUUCCAGUUCAUACCAAGCAAAACCCUUAAGGAGUUUAACAGUCGCUUAGAUGAAGCUGGAUCUGAACUUCACCUGGAGUUAGAUUUUGGUGACAGCAAUGAAGACGAAGAUGGAGCACCACGCCGCGUCUUUCCUCCGGAUUUGGAUCUUUCAAAUAUAGGAUCCAACUUUGAUUUAGCAGAAAUAGAUAAAUAUAGAGAUAAUCACUUACGACUAAAGAAAGCUCACGGACAAAACAAAAACAACCAAGUAACAGAACCACCAAACCCUUCAACUCCAGCUUUGAGUCCUGAACAAGCCCAACAGUUGGCCCUUUUAAGACUGCUCAAUCCAGCGGCAGCAGCACAAAUUCCGAACGUCGUCACAACAUCGAAGCCAAUUCUCAAAUACGAGACCAUUUACGAAUCACAUGUAAUUCCAUUAUUUGAUGGCAAGAAUACAAUUCAUAGUACACUUUCUAGACCGGUAGCAACAAUAACGAAAACGGAAUAUGAAAUUGGUACUAGCAGCCUACCAGCGUUGCCACUCAACCCGCUCUUCCAACAACAGCAACAAUUCACUGUAACUUCGACCCCAGUUGUUUUGAACACUGAAGUUGUUGCAACAGAUAGUCAAAUUAUAAAAUUGACAUUCGGUGCGAAGACACUGUACACGACAUUGUUCACAACUAAAGUUGUUCCGACUGUAUUGACGUCUUACGUUACGUCAUCUAUUCCGGUACAACCAAGCGCAAACUUCCCAGGAUACUUCCCGGCGCCAUAUCCUCCAUUCCCAUAUGUAGGAUAGAGAAAUUAGGCCAGUAGUUUAUAAGUAAAUGGCAAUUAAUUCUAAAACUAAGUCAAAGUCAGUGUUCAUGCGUGUAAUAAUCGUAUAAAAAGUGAACUUUAGAGCUGAAUGCUUAAUAGUGAUAGUGAACUAUAUUGCUCAUACGAUUUAGAAGUAAAUUCUUAAGAUUUGGUAUUAACAUUUGUGAAAGAGCAUAUAAACUGUACGCUGUGUUCCUUUAUUAAAGUGUUAAAAUGCCGAAGAGAAUAAAUUUGAUAGUAACCUUAAUAUUGUUAAAUACCUGAGGAUUACUAGUUAAGAAUAAUUGUGAAAAAUAGGUAUAAAAUUUAUACCGUAAUGUACCGCAAUUUUCUUAUAGAGUAUUUAGUUAUUAG